GGGAGUGAGGGAGCGAGGAGCGGCCGGGUGUGAGUGUGUGUGGGGGUGGGGGCGCGUGUGUGUGGGAGCGGGGGUGAGGGAGAUCCAGACAGACCGCGAGGCUGUGAGAAAGUGGGCGAGUGUGCGAGGGCGCCUGGCCUGGCUGCGGGAGCCGCGGUGGUGGAGGAGAAAGGAGGCGGCUCCCGGCAUCCCUCCCCCCUUCCCCCUCCUUCUCGGACUUCCAGCCCGCCCGGCAGCCCGCGGUUCCCUCGGAGGCCCCAGUCCGGUUCCGCUGGCCGAAAGCGAGGGAGGAGCCGCCCGAGCCAGAAAGAAUCUGCAUUCAGGAGGAAAUAAUCCAGAAGGAAGACCAAGCAGAUCAAGAUGUGUAGCUCUGUGGCAGCCAAAUUGUGGUUUUUGACAGAUCGUCGAAUCAGGGAAGACUAUCCCCAAAAAGAGAUUUUACGAGCAUUAAAGGCCAAAUGUUGUGAGGAGGAAUUGGACUUCAGGGCCGUGGUGAUGGAUGAGGUGGUACUGACAAUCGAGCAAGGAAACCUGGGUCUACGGAUCAAUGGAGAACUAAUUACUGCCUAUCCCCAAGUGGUGGUAGUGAGAGUACCAACCCCUUGGGUGCAAAGUGAUAGUGACAUCACUGUUCUGCGCCAUUUAGAGAAGAUGGGAUGCCGGUUGAUGAACCGACCUCAAGCCAUCCUGAACUGUGUUAAUAAGUUUUGGACUUUUCAAGAGUUGGCUGGCCAUGGUGUUCCUCUGCCAGAUACUUUCUCUUAUGGCGGUCAUGAAAAUUUUGCUAAAAUGAUUGAUGAAGCAGAAGUACUGGAGUUUCCAAUGGUAGUGAAGAAUACUCGAGGUCAUAGAGGCAAAGCGGUUUUCUUGGCUCGAGAUAAGCACCAUUUGGCUGAUCUAAGCCAUCUUAUUCGCCAUGAAGCUCCAUACCUGUUCCAGAAGUAUAUUAAGGAAUCUCAUGGACGGGAUGUGCGUGUCAUUGUUGUGGGAGGCCGUGUGGUUGGCACCAUGUUACGUUGUUCAACAGAUGGAAGGAUGCAGAGCAACUGCUCACUAGGUGGUGUGGGGAUGAUGUGCUCCUUGAGUGAACAAGGGAAGCAGCUAGCUAUCCAGGUGUCUAAUAUCCUGGGGAUGGAUGUGUGUGGCAUUGACCUAUUGAUGAAAGAUGACGGCUCCUUCUGUGUCUGCGAGGCCAAUGCAAAUGUAGGUUUCAUCGCCUUUGAUAAGGCUUGUAAUCUAGAUGUAGCUGGUAUCAUAGCGGACUAUGCCGCCUCCCUCCUGCCCUCUGGCCGGCUCACCCGGCGUAUGUCCCUGCUCUCCGUGGUGUCCACGGCCAGUGAGACUAGUGAGCCGGAGCUGGGUCCCCCAGCCAGCACUGCUGUCGACAACAUGAGCGCAAGUUCCAGCUCUGUUGACAGCGACCCUGAAAGCACGGAGCGAGAGCUACUCACCAAGCUCCCAGGGGGCCUAUUCAACAUGAACCAGCUGAUAGCCAAUGAAAUCAAACUCCUGGUGGAGUGACUCCACCGGUAAAUAAUUAACCAACAAAACCCUUGUAAAACUCACUUUCUUUUUCUUCUUUUUUUUCUUUCUUUCUUUCUUUUUUUUUUAAACCAACUUGCAAUGCUGUUCAUGGAAGGGUACUCAGGAAGAUGAGAGAAAAUUGAGUAGAAUUAGGAGAGAAGAAAGGGGAGAUAGACUCGACCUCUGCUAUUAAGAGGUUACUGACUUUCAUUUACAGAUACUACAGAUAGAAUGGCAGAAGAGGUGAGAUACAGAAAAACGUCAGGCUCUUCUGUAACCCUUUAAAAUUACUCAAUGUGUAUGCUCUCAGGUCAUGAAGAACACACAGCUUUUUCUUCAUGGCCCCUUGCUUUUGCUUUUGUACAGUUGCUACAAAUUUUGUCGUAGCGUUACUUCACAUUGCAUUGCAAAGAUUUGUAAUGAGAGGAAAACAUCUACCUAAAUUAUAGGAAUUUUUACAUACAAAUCUGAAAAUUCUGCCUUUACCAUAUUAACUAGCAACUUUAUGUUCAUAGUUUAUUAAGUCUUGAGGAACUCUUUUACUGGGAUUUAUUAUUUCUGUUUUUUGGUUUUCCUUUAAUUUGGGUGGGAGGGCAACAUUAAUAUGACCCAAUAAAGGUUUCUUAAUGACAGAAUUGGCAUUUUCGUAUGAUGAAAGGGAAGUGAACAGUAUUGCAAUGUCUGGUACACAAAAUGACAUUUACUCCAAUGUAGAUAAAAUUACACUAGUUUAAAA